AUGUCAGCACAGGAUUCAAGAGACCGAGAUGCCCUUGAAGGGCCUGAUGUAUCUGCCAGUGGAACAGCAAUAGAACCUGCAAAUGGAGUGCUGGAGAAGGAGUCCAGUGGGCACGCGCCAGCUGACGAUGCCUCCGAUUACGCAACAGGGCUGCGACUGGUCUUGAUCAUGGUCACCAUCUGCGUGUCUACACUCGUCGCCGCCAUAGACCUGCUUUAUAAGUACUUUUCGGGCCGCUGGGUCUACCUCGGAUGCGUGCUCCUGUACCUGGUCGGCAGCGCCAUCGCCGCCCCAGCUCCGAAUAGCAUCGCCCUGAUUGUUGGACGUGCAAUACAGGGCUGGGGCUGCGCCGGCGUACUCGGUGGCUCCGUGCUUAUGAUCAGUUAUGUGUCGGAGCCCAAGGGCGAAUAUGCCCUCAUUCCGCUGAGAAAUCUGCGACCGCGUUUGUUCCAGACGAACGCCCUAUAUGGCUGCCAGUGGCUCGUCAACCUUGCUGACUUUCUUGCGCUUUUCUACCUUCCUAUUUACUUCCAGUCCAUCGACGGGCAGUCGGCUAUCAUCAGCGGCGUGAAUAGUACCCCGUUUGUGGCCUUCUUCGCUUUAGGGUCGAUGCUUAGAGGCUUCCUCGUGUCCAAGACUGGUUACUUGCAGCCUUUUCAACUUGUCAGCGGAUUGCUAGCCACUAUCAGUGGUGCCUUGCUCUAUAUCCUCGAGGUCAACUCAACCCAAGCCAAGUACAUUGGCCCGCAGGUUAUCCUUGGAUACGGCAUCGGUGUCGGCAACCAGAUUCCCAUGACGGCCUAUCAGUUCUUCUCUGAUCCUAAAGACCAUGGUUGCCAUUCACUACACUCAGUGUAG